AUGAAGUCGCUCGUGUUAUUACUCGCGCUUUUCCUCCCAAAAUCAAGCCCAAAAACCCCAAUCCUGUCUCAACAAUUCAUCAACGCCAUCAACCAAAAACACCCAUCAUGGUUGGCCGGGCCCAACUUCCCGCCCAACACCACACACUCCCACUUGCGGAGUCUCAACGGUGCUCGGGACGAUCCUGCUUUUUUCACAGACACAGAAACCAAAAAUGUGACAAUUCCUGAACAAAUCCCUGAAUAUUUUGAUGCCAGGAUUGUGUGGCCUCAAUGCGAAUCGAUUCGCAAAAUCAGGAAUCAAGGUUCCUGUGGCUCCUGCUGGGCUUUUGGAGCCGUGGAAACAAUGAGUGACCGACUGUGUAUUGCGUCAAACGCCACCAUAAAGUUCGAAUUUUCGGCACAGGACCUCCUGGCCUGUUGUACAGAAUGUGGGCAUGGGUGUGGGGGUGGUUAUUCAAGUCGGGCUUGGCAGUACUGGGUUACUGACGGUAUUGUAUCCGGAGGUGACUUCAAUACGAGUCAGGGUUGCCACCCCUAUUCGGUACAAGCUUUCCGGGACAGUACCACUCCCAACUGUUCAAGUUUUUGCACAAACCCAAAGUACCAAAAAAAUUACAGUGAGGAUAAACGUUACGGAGCGAGAAGUUACAGAAUUGCCAAAAAUAUCGAACAAAUUCAAGCCGAAAUUAUGACCAGUGGGCCAGUCCAAGCCAGUUAUGUCGUCUACGAUGACUUCUACAGUUAUCAGAACGGUGUCUACCAACACGUCUUAGGUAACGUUUCCGGCCGCCAUUCCGUCAAAAUCUUAGGCUGGGGCCGUGAAAACGGCACUGAUUAUUGGUUGGUUGCAAACUCGUGGGGUCGUGAUUGGGGUCGCUUAGGCGGUUUUUUCAAAUUUCUCAGAGGUGAGAAUCAUUGCGACAUCGAAAGCAACAUUCUUGGAGGUGAUCCAAAGAUUUGAACAGAAUUGAUGACUUUGAUACAACCAAACAAACAAAAUAAAAAACUGUUUGAGUUG